CACGGCCGACCUAAACAUGGCGGGCGGGAGGGAGUGAAGGAAAAUUUCUCUCUUUUUCCGCCAUUUUCACGCUUUUCCCGCACUCCUAGAAGCGUGAGCGGCUCGUGCAUGGAGGAAAUAAGCGUGCUAUGGGUAAACCUGACAGAGGCAACAUCACCACCACCACCGCCACCACCACUACCUCCAUCACCACCACCACCAGUCAUCACCACCACCACCACCACCACCAUCAUCACCACCACCACCACCACCACCCUUGGCCGCCACACAAGAUUUUAGCCGCAGUUCACCACUGUCAUCACCACCGCCACCACCACCACCACCACAGUCAGCAGUGUGGUGGUGCUGUGCUCACCACCACAGGACGCCAAGUCGCCUCUAAGGGUGUGAGUGGUGAGGAACAAGAGGAGGAGCAGCACACCAGCCCCGCCAAGAGCCCCCACCCCAGCCCACCACACCCCAUGGACGAGGUGUCCCCGCCAGCGGGCAGCAGCGGGGCACUGUACCCCGUGGGGCAGCCCUACAGCCCUGCUGACGGCUACUACAACCUGCUGGAGGGCCUCGGGGCACCCCACCCCGGCCCUGCUCCAAAGGUGGAGCCCCCAAAGUACCCUGAGGGAACUGCCCCCAUGGACUACAGUGGCAGCCCUGGCCUGGGGUACAGUGGGCGGGGCCAGGAGUACCCCGCUGCCCCGCCCGCUCCAAACCCCCUCAGCCUGCUGAGUGAGGUGGCCCUGGGGGGUGGCCCCGGCUCAUCUGAGGCAGGGCGGGUGGAGUGUGAGGGGCGCAGGAAGCGUGUGCACAGUGCGGGGCCAGAGGGCAGCCGGGGCAAAAGCCAGCGGGGCAGGGUGCGCUGGGGCAGGGGCCUUGAGGAGGACAGUGAGGAGGAGGAGGAUGAUGGGGCGGGGCCAGCGGUGGUAGGGGGCGGGCGGGGCCGGCGGCGGGUGGACGAUGGCCCCAGCGCCCCGGACCUGCAGCUGGACUGGGUCUCCUCCUCAGACUCUGACUCAGACGCUGACUCCUGCAUUGAGGUGCUCAGCAACGCCCCGCGGGGCAGACCCGUCGACCUGGUGGACCUCACUGGGGAGAGUGACGGGGAGGCUGCCCCACCACACUCACCCUUGCCCCCACCCCACCCCACCACCUCCACGUACCUGCACCCCAGCAUGCUGGGGCGCCCCACUGCCACCACCGCCCAGGCGGGGCUGUGCCGUGGCCUGCACGGCCCGGACGGGGCACCAGUAGGGAGUGGGGCAGCCUGCAGCUGCCCCCGUGGCCCCGCCCUGGGAUCCAUCGGCCUGAGUGCCAGCGGGGCAGCAGCGGCAUUCAGCGUGGAGCCCCACAGUGGCGGGGCGGGGACGGGGCCCAGCGCAGCGCCAUGCUACGGGGCAUGCCUGCACCCCCACCACACCCCGCACCACCACCACCACCACCACCACCACCACGGGGCAGCCCCGUCACAGGCACACCACCACCACCACCACCACUACUACCCCAGCGAGGCCCCGCUCUUCUACCCCGCCCUCUCCACCCACCACCCCCUCUUCCCCCCUACGCCGCCCGCACUGUCCCGCCUCAACCCCGUCCACCAGCGGCUGUGGCACUCACAGCAGCGGUGCCAGGAACUCCACAGACGCUGCCUCCAACCCCGCCCGCCCCUGCCCAGCCCCCACCACCACCACCACAGCCACAGGCCCGCCAGACACACACCCCGGCAUCCACUGCUGACCAGCCUCCUCAGCCCAUCACCUCCACCCGGCCUCCGCCCGCCCGCCCGCCCCACCUCCCUGGCCCCCCCCUGCACCACUACCCCGACCCAUUCGACAUGCUCAUGGCCAACACUCACUCUCAUCAAGGGGAUGGCGGUCUAUACAGUCACGUGUACGGCAACAGUGUCCCACCCGCGCACAUGUCCAUGCCCGGGGCAGCGGCAGCGGCGGCGGCGGCGGCGGCAGCAGCGGCGGCGGCGGCGAGCGACCCCAGGCACCUUCCACCCACAGGGCCUUAUCUUAACCUCGGAGGGGGGUCACAGCUCCCCCUCGACCUCUCCCUGCCCCCACCCUCACCCCAGAGCUGCCCCCCACAGGGAUGGCGGUCUAUACAGUCACGUGUACGGCAACAGUGUCCCACCCGCGCACAUGUCCAUGCCCGGGGCAGCGGCAGCGGCGGCGGCGGCGGCGGGCAGCGGCGGCGGCGGCGACAGGCACCUUCCACCCACAGGGCCUUAUCUUAACCUCGGAGGGGGGUCACAGCUCCCCCUCGACCUCUCCCUGCCCCCCACCCUCACCCCAGAGCUGCCCCCCCCGCCUAGACUCACCUAUAUACCUCAGCUGCCAAUGUUCCAGCGCGCCUCGACCUUCCCCCGCCUUGAGGACUACAUGAGGCUGGGGAUGGUGGACCCCCGCCACCGCCUCCCCGUCGUGACCCGCGGGGCAACGCAGAACAUCAUAGAGAAGAACACCUUCCCCCACAAAUACAAGAAGGUAUGGGGCCCUUAAAAUGACUAUAAUGAC